AUGGCCAACAACCAACGCUUCACGGUCGACAAGAUCAAAGUCAAGAACGACCCUCGAAUCUCGUUCCUUUCGGCCUUCUUGAACGGGAAAACGUACGGCUACCUGUUCAGCCCGGCGUCGGGGUCGGCGCCAAAACGAGGCACAAUCUUCCUGAUCCACGGGUUCCCGGAUAUCAGCAUGGGCUGGCGGUACCAGAUCCCGUUCCUGACCAAGUUGGGGCUGGACGUGGUGGCGCCGGACACGAUGGGGUACGGACGCACCGACGCGCCCAAGUGGACGCUGCAAGACUACAGCUACCGGCGGGCGGCGGACGACAUGGCGGAGCUGUGCCGGCAGAUGGGGCUCAGCAAGAUCAUCCUGGGCGGGCACGACUGGGGCGGGUCGAUCGUGUACCGGGUGGCGCAGUACUACCCGGAGCUGAUCGCGGCGGUGUUCAGCAUCUGCACGCCCUACUUCCCGCCCAACGUCAAGUACGAGCCCCUGGGGAUCCAGGUGCAGAAGCGGCUGCCCAACUUCGGCUACCAGGAGCACUUUGUGUCGGGCGAGGUCGAGGACGCCGUGCAAUCCAAGGCCGAGAUCCGCCAAUUCCUGGUCAACAUGUACGGGGGCCGCACGACCGACACCCGCGAGGUGGCCUUUGACGCCCACAAGGGGCUCGACCUGGCGAAACAGGCGCGCAUGGGCACCACCAAGCUGCUCGCGGACGACGAGCUCGCGUACUACGUCGACGAGUACGCCCGCCACGGCGUCUACGGCCCGCUCAACUGGUACCGCACGCGCGAGGUCAACUACAUGAACGAGUGGCGCGACUUCUUCGGCAGUGGCCGCAAGGACCCGCAACAGGCCGACCGCGACCUCAAGCUGCACCAGGAGGUCCUGUUCGUGCUGAGCAAAAAGGACCAGGCCCUCCAGCCCUUCAUGGCCGCCAAGAUGCCCGACCGCAUCCCACGCUUGACCUGGCGCGAGGUCGAUGCCGGUCACUGGGCCCUGUGGGAGAGGCCUGAGGACUGUAAUCGCCUCAUUGGCGAGUGGUUGGAGGAGAAGGUCUUCCCCGCCAUGGCUGCGCGCGAGAGCAAAUUGUGA